CAAAAUUUGCUGCAGAAAAGAGUGAAACAUUCUGUGGCUUAAUUUUUGCUAAUCCCUGAUUAAGCAAGUAUUAACCAUUUUAAAAAAUUUCAUGACAAUCAACAGGUCAGCUUUCACUGUGAUGUCUUACAAUCUACUAGGUCUCUUAUUGACUUUGAUCUCAAAAUGCGGGAGAUGACAUCAAGAGAACUAUUUUUAAGAACUUUUCAAGGGGAGCAUGCCCAUAGACUUCCCUAGUGGCUUGGUGGUCACAAAACCUCCCUUCCUUUUAUUUCAAGAGGCUAUAAUCUCUGCAUUGACGUGGUGACAGCAAAACACUGCACCCUUAAACACAGUCUAUAGCAAUGCACAAGUGAAUUGAAAGUUAAGGUUUCUGUAAAAAACAAACUCUUUCUCUUGCGUUUGCUUAGUGUAACAAACUGUUAAUAAGAUUUUGUAGCACUAAGCCAAUGGAAAUGAAUUUUUUUCAAAGGUUUGUUAAUGGAAGACUACUAGCUCAAUGGUACUAACGGAUGGGUCGGGAAGAGGGUUGGAGCGAUGGUUGGAACACGGUGUCGAGCAUGGUUAGAGUUGAUGCGACCAGCGGUACGGAUGGGAUUGACUUAUCCUUCAAAUAAGUGAUAGUGAUCUGUCAACAGAACUCAAAUAUUUGAUUAAAGAAAUAGAUUGCCGUUCAUGUCUUAGUACACCUAUUGCAAACCAUUUCUUCCUUUCUGCGUGAAACAUUGGCUUCUGAAUGGUCAUUUUGAACGCCAUACAGUUCGCGUUGUCACAUUUCCUCUUUAAAAGUAUACAACAAGCGUAUUAUACGAAGCAUGCAUUUACAGCCCGCCUCGUGCGGAAGAUGGCGGACGGUGUAAGUGUUUUAUGUGCAACGGUUACUACAGGGUUGGAGUCCGUUGCCGUGAAGGAGUGCAAAGAAAAGCUAGGAAGCAAGUAUAUAAGGGAAGCAAGAGGCCGCAUAUACUUUGAUAUUCCCACAAAUUCGUUUACAGAAUUGAAGUCAUUAAGAUCUGUUGAGCACCUCUUCGUCGUAGUAAAGGAAUUUCAAGAAGACAAUAGUGAAGGCUUUGAUUGCUACAGUCCAGAUAUUCUUGAAAAGCUUUACAAACUACCACAGAACCUUGACUGGAACUCAAGUCUUUUCCUGUGGAAGCAAUUUAAAGGACAUUCCGGACCAAUUUUUGAAAACGAAAGCGAUGUAUUGCAUUGCCAUCGCGAUGGUUUUGUAAGCUCGAAAGAAGGUGACGAGUCUCUGGCCGAGGAGUUGGAGAAUGAAAGAGAAGCUCCGGCGAAAAGAAUGAAACACACCAAUGAAAAUUCUGGCGAGCAGAAGGCGAGUGAGGAGGACGGUUCUGGAGCAACUGUUUUACCCUCAAGUGUUGAUCUUGGGGAAACGUCGACAUCAACAAGCACCAACCCUCUAGAGGUCGAAGAUCAGAUGGUUUUACCAAAAUUCCGUGUCACAUGUACACGCACUGGCGAUAACCACAGCUUUUCAUCCCAAGAAGCUGCAGCUAAAUUUGGUGGUGGGAUAAACGAUGGGUUUGGCUGGCGAGUAGACCUAAGCCAUCCAGAUAUCGAAGUACUUCUCAACAUUGUCGACAACAGUGUUGUCAUCGGUAUCGCCCUGACAAAGGAAAGUAGGGGAAAACGGAACAUUGCCCACUUUGGUCCAACGACCUUAAAGUCAUCAAUAGCCUAUUGUAUGCUUUCACUGGCAGAUAUUAAACCUGGUGAUGUGGUAUGUGAUCCUAUGUGUGGUGGAGGCUCUAUUCCUAUAGAAGGUGCCCUCAACUGGCCCACAUCAUUUCACUUGUGUGGAGACCAUCAUGAUUUAGCUCCUGCCAGGACCUUGGCUAAUGUACAGAAUCUGGUUGAACAACAGUUGGAGAAAAAGAAAAGUCUUCCCCUGGACAUUUUUCAGUGGGAUGUGUGCAAUCUUCCCUUGAAGUCUAACAGCAUUGAUGUUUUCAUCUCUGAUUUGCCUUUUGGCAAGAAAAGUGGAUCCAAGCAUGAAAACUGGAAACUGUAUCCAAGAGCUCUUCAGGAAAUGGCCAGGGUGUGUUCAGUUGGAAGUGCAAGGGCUGUACUUCUGACUCAGGAUAAGAAAGUGAUGUGGAAAGUACUGAACAGUUCUAGACAGUGGAAGAAAGAUUUUACUUUGUGGAUCAACAUAGGAGGUCUCAAAGCAGGAAUAUAUGUUCUUACCAGAACUAAACAGUGAGAGUUUUGAUGUACCGUACACAAGAAGUUGAACCCUAAAGGUGUCUUUGUGAAUGGUUUGUUUUUACUUCUGGAGAAUUUUACUGGUAUAACAGGCAAGUCUCAACCCUUUUUUACACCCUAACAUCAGUUUGCAAAUUCUCCAUACUGCUCUCCACAAAUUUCCCAAAGUGCCCACCCAAAGUGCCGACAAGGAGAAUUUGUUUAACAGUCAAGAGCUCCUUUAGUUAGUGAUCAUUUCCUUUAUUCUGGUGACCUUCAUGAGUGAUUUAGGGGUGACACUGUAAGGAGAAACUAGAUGCUAGUCACUCCUAAGGGUCAAUAGGGACUUUAAGCAAACCACGACAACUAAGGCAACG